AUGGGCAUCAAGAAAGAGGAGGAGCCGGAGCAGACGCUGACGGCCGACGGGAAGGUGGAUUACAGGACGGAGCAGAAGUUUGCGGAGCACAUGAAGGAGAAGAGCGAGGCCAGCAGCGAGUUCGCCAAGAAGAAGUCGAUCGUGGAGCAGAGGCAGUACCUGCCCAUCUUUGCCGUGCAGCAGGAGCUGCUCACCAUCAUCAGGCCCCAGCCUUGCCCCCAGCCCUGCCUCCACUCCCCUCUCUGUGCCCAGGUGGCCUCGGAGCAGAUUGUGGAGCAUCUGGAAGAACUGGAAAAGGCUCCGGCUCUGGCUGUGCUGCCCAUCUACUCUCAGCUGCCCUCUGACCUGCAGGCCAAGAUCUUCCAGAAGGCUCCGGACGGGGUCAGGAAAUGCAUCGUUGCCACCAACAUUGCAGAGACCUCGCUGACCGUGGAUGGCAUCAUGUUUGUCAUCGACUCGGGCUACUGCAAACUCAAGGUCUUCAACCCCCGCAUCGGGAUGGACGCCCUGCAGAUCUACCCCAUCAGCCAAGCCAACGCCAACCAGCGGUCGGGGCGCGCUGGCCGGACGGGCCCAGGUCAGUGCUUCAGGUAGGCGCCUGCUGCAGCUCUAGUCCCUCGGCG